UGAACAUAUGCGUACACUCAGAGAACAGCGUCAUUUAUAGCAGCACAUAUCUAUAAUAUAUUACUCUCCGUUGGACAGCUUCUGAUGUGGACGUGUGGCAGAGGUUAUAAUCGCUUCUGCUACUGAAGAGGAUGGGCGCAGUGAGUGGUGACUGGAGGAGAUGUCAUUCGGUCGACUCCUGCGGCGUGCAUCGUCCAAAGCCUCUGACCUCUUGACCUUUAACGUGGGCACAGGGGGAUCACGAGCUGUGCUGGACGGAGAGAUCAUCUUCUCUAAGAACAAUGUAUGUGUGCACCCAGCCGAGCCCCUGCCUGGACUGCCUGAACAUCACCCAGGUUACCUGUGUGUGCACCUGGAGAAAGACGAGACGCUCGGCUCCACCCUCAUCCUUACCUGGGUGCCCAACUCCCGUAUCCAGCGCCAGGACGAGGAAGCGCUCCGCUACAUCACGCCCGAAAGCUCGCCUGUCCGCCACAACUUCCGCCACAGAGCCCACAGGGGCCACUCUCGCCCUCCGCCCACCCCUGAGGAAGAAGAGGAUGAUGAUGGGACAGAGUCAAGCCAGCAGAACCAGCAGCUUUCAGAAGAAGGCGACGAAGGCUGCAGCGAGCUCUCCGCAGACGAGGUGAGUCGAGACAGCACCCUCGGCUCAGACUCGGACACCUUCUCCUCACCCUUCUGCCUGUCGCCCGUCAGCGAGGCCCUGGCCGAGAGCUGCAGCUCGGUCUUCCUGGAUAAUGAGAGCAGGGAGUGUGAUGAACCCAUGGCUCACUCUGCAAGCUCCGCCUCCAGUCUGGACAGCCACGCCCCCUUUGAAAGUAGCCAAUCAUUGGGUGUUCGGUGGGAGGAGCAGCAGAAAGUUAUGGCUUUGGAGCAUCUUUGUGGGGUUUUCAGAGUUGACCUGGGUCAUAUGAGGUCACUGCGUCUGUUCUUCAGCGAUGAGGCGUGCACGUGUGGACAGCUGGUCAUCGCCAGCAGAGAAAGUCAGUACAAGAUACUUCACUUCCACCACGCUGGGCUGGAUAAACUGGCCGAGGUGUUUCAGCAGUGGAAAUGCUGCAGGGAGACCCAGCUCAAAGACCAGGUGUCAGAUGAGAAGUCAUGCAUGCAGUUCUCCAUCCGCAGACCCAUGUUACCUUCUGCUGAGAUGCACCCAGAGGAGCGGCUGUAUCGACGGCUGGAUGUCAGCUCUUGGCUCCGUCAUCUGAACAACAGCGGUCAGGUGGUGGAGGAGUACAAGCUCAGAAAGGCAAUUUUCUUCGGGGGUAUUGACCCGUCUAUUCGUGGUGAGGUGUGGCCCUUCCUGCUGCACUACUACAGCUAUGAGUCCACCUCUGAAGAGCGCGAGGCCUGGAGACUGCAGAAGCGUGUGGAGUACCAGGAGAUCCAGCAGAGAAGAUUGUCCAUGAGUCCAGAGGAGCACAGUGAGUUCUGGAGGAAGGUCCAGUUCACUGUGGAUAAAGACGUUGUGAGAACAGAUAGAAGCAACGUGUUCUUCAGGGGAGAGAACAACCCUAAUGUAGAAAUCAUGAGACGAAUCCUGUUGAACUAUGCCGUGUUUAAUCCAGAGAUGGGCUACUGUCAGGGCAUGUCAGACCUGGUAGCUCCUCUACUGACGGAGAUCCAGGCCGAGAGCGACACUUUCUGGUGCUUCGUGGGUCUUAUGGAGAACACCAUCUUCAUUAGUUCUCCUAGAGAUGAGGAUAUGGAGAAGCAACUGAUGUACCUGCGAGAGCUCUUGCGGUUGAUGUUGCCUCGGUUCCACCAGCAUCUGACUCGGUUGGGUGAGGAUGGACUUCAGUUGCUGUUCUGCCACCGCUGGGUUCUUCUGUGUUUCAAACGUGAGUUUCCUGACACUGAAGCCCUGCGCAUGUGGGAGGCCUGCUGGGCUCACUAUCAGAAUAACCAACCCAUACAGAAGACAGUCACAUUGUAUUCCCCGGUGGAUUUUCGCAGCUCACUAGAGUGGAUGUUCACGGCACGUUCUGCAGGAGGACCUACGGUUGGGAGACAUGAUCGAGCGCUCACAGCCCAGGGACAGCAGACUGACUACUUCCAUCUGUUCCUGUGUGUUGCCAUUAUUGUGCUUUACGGCGAUGAUGUUACCGAAGAGCAGCUCGCCACCGAUCAAAUGCUGCUGCACUUUAGUAACCUCUCCAUGCACAUGAAUGGAGAACUGGUGCUGAAGAAGGCGCGUAGCCUGCUCUAUCAGUUCCGCCUUCUUCCCAGAAUUCCCUGCAGCUUACACGACCUGUGUAAACUGUGCGGGCCCGGAAUGUGGGAUAGUCGCUACAUCCCUGCUGUAGAAUGUUCCGGAGAGCAUGCCGACUCUCAGAGCUGCCCCUAUGGAGGCACCGCCAUGCACGAAAGCCCACCCUUACCCAGCCCACACCAGCCCAGAGAGGGCAAGAGAGGCUCCAAGACACGAGACAUUUUCACCUUCCGGAAGCACUCCUGAAUCAAACAGGACUCCGAAACUUCACUUUCAUUUUGUUCAUCAAAGAUUUAGGAAGCUGCAAUCCACAUCUGGUAUCAAACACUGCCAGGAAACCAGUGCUGACGGCCUCUUCUUAAGGGUUAAAGUGAUAGUACACCCACACAUUUUAAUUCUGUAAUUUACUUACCCUCAUGUUGUUUAGAUAGAUGAGGGUGAGUAAAUGAUGGCAUGAUUAAAGUUUUGGGGUGAACUAUCACUUGUCUGCAUGUGUUGACGUUUGUGUGGUAUGUUACCACAGUCGAAGGAGUUUUGUGUUUUUCAGCUUAGUUUACGUUGAUCACAUUGCUGGAUAUUUUUGUUUCUAUUCUGUGCAAUCUCUAAACUCGAAUGAAUCUUGCUCAUGUUCAUUACUGGCCAAACAUUUUGGCUGGAUGCUAAUAUAUGUAGCAAUUCAUUUAUUUGUUCAUCAUAUCACAGACUUAUUAUGUCAUAUAUUUCAGAUUUUUUUGGCAUUUAUGCUUUCAUAUCUUCACAAUAAAUCUCAUUAUAUGGACGGUGUAAGGUCUCUUGUAAGUAUAGCUGGCACAUUAGUGCAAUUAAAAAGGGAUUAUAUGUCUAAUUACAGGACUAUUUGGAACUAUCCCAUGCAACCCAAAAGUGGAUUUUGAACAAAUGCUGUUUAUUUACUGGAAUGAGUCUUUAGUACUUCAC